AUGACAGAUUCAGUUAACAUAGCAGAAGGGGAAUCGGUUGUUUUUACGUGUAGGAUAAUUGGUGCCAAACCAGCUCCCAGUGUCUCCCAAGUCACGUGGUACAUAGAGGUGUCACCAGGCAAUAACGAGUCACUGCCAGGUAUUUCAGGAAACACGACCACCUCAGACAGAACCACAUCAAUCAAUCUGACGUACACGGCUCGUAGACAAGACCAGGGCCAAGAGGUGUUCUGUACUGCAACAAACAGCUUGAUGGUAAACCGGGGAGUCCCUGCUGUUAUCUCAAGUAACACAAUACAACUGAACAUCCAGUAUGCUCCAGAGCGCAUGUCUGCCUUAAGUGCAGGUGCUAUAUCGGGAACUGUGAUCGCUGUUGUUCUGGCUCUUGCUAUUCCUACUGUGUGGAUACUUUAUAAGAGGAAAAUAAAGAAGAAAGCUGAAGAUGUGCAGAACGAAUCUAAUAACUAACGGAAACCAAAAUCAAGUUCACAACCCUACAUGUUUCCGUAAUUAGCACCUGAAUAUGGAAGACAGAAACAUGCUAACGCUAGAACUCCAGUUUUCUUGUUCAAUUGGUAUGAAACUGUAUCAGUAAACAAGGCUCUUUUUUGUUGGGUGUUCCAGUAUUUUACUCCUUUUUUUUUUAUAAAAUUGCAGCUGAAAGUAGACUAAAGUUGAAGUACCAUAGCUAGAAGUGCAGUAUUUCACUAGUUGUAUAUUAGUUGUCCAAAAUAACAGUUGUUUUUUUGCACAAAACGGUAACUGAUGAAUUAGCUUGUAACUCUGUAAUUAGUUUUAAACUCAUAACAUUUUUACAAACAAAACGAGCUAUACAAAUUACCUGAUCCCACAUACAAUAUGUGUAUAAAUAACACGGAAAUAUCAGAAUUGUAAAGUGCUUACAUUAUAUGCAGAUUAACGUUCAGUACGAGUAUAGUCCGUCCCAUCCUCCUACAAACAGGUGUUUUAUUAUUAAGUUAAAUAUUUUGUUCUACUAAUAAAUUAAACAGAUUUGCUGUAAUUAUUUUGGGCAUAUAGGUGAAUGUAUAAUGUGGAAGUUAAUGAAAAAGCAAGUGUGUAAGCUGCCAUUAUUCAACUUUGACACUUCAUCUGUAAGAUGGUUUACGAUGUUUAAUGUUAAUCUAUAUUGCAGUAUAGUAUUGUUUUAUAUUUUCUUUAUUGUCAUUUUCUUGAUCAUAUUUCUAUAUCUAUUUUUAGUUUACUUUUUAUUUUUAACUUUUUGUUGUAUUUUAUUUUAUUUCUAAUUGAAGCUAUUCUAUUUUAUUCUAUUCUAUUCUAUUCUAUUUCAUUUAAAAUAUUUAU